AUGGAGGGGGGUGGCGAUGUAGAACACAGGUUCAACAAAUAUGCUUUUGCAUGUGCGGUUGUUGCUUCCAUGAUAUCUAUUAUAUUUGAUACGGGUGUUAUGAGUGGAGCCAUGAUAUUCAUAAAGGACGAGCUCAAAAUCAGCGACACCCAGCAAGAAGUUCUAGCAGGAAUCUUAAACCUUUGUGCACUGGUAGGAUCCUUAAUAGCUGGUAGAACCUCUGAUUACAUUGGUCGACGCUACACAAUUGCGUUAGCCUCUGUCCUUUUCAUGGUUGGUUCAGUUCUAAUGGGAUAUGGCCCAAACUAUGCAAUUUUAAUGUUGGGAAGGUGUGUUGCUGGAAUUGGCGUGGGUUUUGCUCUUUUGAUAGCGCCAGUUUAUUCGGUAGAAAUCUCCUCUGCUAAAUCUAGAGGCUUUCUAUCUUCCCUGCCAGAGCUUUGUAUUGGUAUUGGGAUUUUACUUGGUUACAUUGCUAACUACUUAUUAGGGAAAUUGACUUUGAAGCUUGGAUGGAGAUUGAUGCUAGGUAUUGCAGCAAUCCCUUCACUUGCAUUGGCUAUGGGAAUUCUCACAAUGCCAGAAUCUCCACGGUGGUUGGAUGAGGAUGGGCUUCCAACCACAACGGCGAGUAUGAAAAAGGAACAAUGGGAUUCGGGCCUGUUUGGGAAAGGGAGGUAUAAAUUCUGGGCCUUAGCGGCCAUAUUGCUUCUCGCGUUUUGGUCCAUGUUCACCGGCACCGUCUCUCUUCGCUGGUCCGGUACUCUCAAUUCCUUGUCAAACGACAUCGACACUCCCAUCCACGACGACCUCGAUGUUCUCGAAAUGGAGGAGAGGGAGAAGGUGGUGAGGCACAUGUGGGAUGUUUACACCAACAGUCGCAGGAUCAGGUUACCGAGGUUCUGGCAAGAGGCGUUCGAGGCUGCUUAUGAAGAAUUGAGCAGUGAUGUUGGUGAGGUUAGAGACGCUGCCAUCACCGAGAUCGCCAAGAUGUCUAUUCGCUCCAUUCAUUUUGAUCCACCUCCUGUCCAAUCUACGAGUGCCCGGGAAUUUAGCAAGAACCUCAAGCAAGUUGAGAAAGUAAAAGAAGGAGCACACUCUAGGCGUGCUUGAAUGUUAGUUUGUGGAGCAUUCAAGCAUCUGGCUCAUACUUGAAAAUGCUCGAGUGCUACCAGAAGAUCGUGAAGAGAUAGAGAUGGACGAAGUUGUACUCGGAUUUUCAUGCUUCAUAACAGGGAUAAUUAUGUAUUUUAAUAGGCCGUGGUUCUUUCAAAUUUUGCUGUCAAAUUCAAGGUCUUCACGAAGUGAGGAGUAGUAAAUUGAAACACGACCUUUUGAGCAGACAAUUUCAACUUAGCAUGUGUUUUUUUAGGUUUAUUUCACAGCAACUAAAUUCUAAAUCUCCCUUAUUUCUAUAAGUACGUUUCUUUCUUGACUACAGCAAAUCAGCAUGGCCAGCAUACAAAAAAUUAUUCCCCUUUCUUGAGUUAUAUAAUGUUAAAAGAUUAUGUUAA